AAGAAGAAAGUAGCAUAUACUUCCUACAUUUGCAUGCAUUUACCCUAUUUAAAAAAGGGGAAAUUUAGAUUGGAUAUAAGGAAGAAGGGUUUUUUUGCAAUAAGGGUGGUGAGGCAGUGGCACAGGUUGCCCACAGAGGUGGUGGUGCCCCAUCCCUGCAGAUACCCAAGGUCAGACUGGAGGGGAUCUGAGCACUGGUGGAGCUGUGGGUGUCCCUGCUCAGUGCAGGGCAGUUGACCAGAUGGCCUUUAAGGGGCCCUUCCAACUCAAACGGCUCUAUGAUUUACCUUACGCAGUGUUGAGAACUUGUUCUAAAGCCUGAACAGUUCUGUGGACAAAAUUACGAACCUGUGAUUUUAUGGACUGCAGCUUCCCCCUUCCCUCUGCAGACACUGUGUUAUCUCUUCUGUUCUUGGAUGCAUCUUUUCUGCUAUAUAUUCCCAUCCCUGAUUUGAUAAAUGUCUUUGAAGUACUCGCUGCUGGAUGCUGCCAUUCUAUGUGCCUGUUCUUCCAGAGCUUUGCUAUGGAGAUGAGUUGAAUAUACCAUUUGAAUUCAUCACAGCUUACAUUUUAGUUCUGGCCAUUUCCACUUCAAUUACAUCUUCCCCAUUACCCAUCCUGCCUUCGCUGCUGUGGUCAAUGGUAAGAUGGAGUGAGGUAAUUAUUUGUAUUGAGGCCCAAGUUUCUACGGGACUACACUCCAGUGCACUUGCAUGAAGGACAACCUGUUAACACUGAAAUGAUAUGGUUGCAGACAGAUUUAUAGGAGAGGAAUAGAUUUGCACAGGUAAUUCAGCUUUGACCCCUUGAGUUCUCAUUACUUCUCAUCCACGAAGCACUAUUGCCCACCUCUUUCCUUUUUUUAAAUGAGAUCCAGUAACUAAUAGUGAAAUUAUGGCAAUCUACUAUAUGAAAUUUGUGAUUAUUUGCAUUUAAUUAAAGGCUUCUCUUGAGAAAAUGAAGGGCAGCUUAACCUCAGAGAAGCCUCUACAUCUCCAGUAAUUGCUUCUAAUGGAAGUCUUUAGAGUUUCUGCCCCACCACAGGAAAAAGAAAAAAAAAAAAAAGUUCCUCCCACACACAGGGUCUCAAAAUUAUUUUAUCCUUGUGCGGUGAAGGUGACUGAGGAACCCAGUGAAACAUUCCUCACUGUGGUUUAACCAGCUAAAAUUCAAUUUAAUUACUCAAAAGCCAGGCUUGUGGUGUGUUUAUGAAAAGAGGCACUGUGCAUUCUUGUUGAAGGAAGUUGAUCUUCCUCUUCAUGUUAUGUUUGCAGUCUGGCAGUUGGUGUCAACAUUGGAGAGUGGGACUGGGAAACCUUUUUGAGGAUGGCCAGUGCUCCACAUCGCUGCAUUGCCCCAGUGAGCCCAGUGCACAUUGUGCCUAAGGCAAGCAUGAGAUUGCAGUGUCUCAGACACUGAGUGUGUGGCACUCGAAUCGUGCAUUCUGCCUAAUUACUUCUCUCAGUGUUUUCAUGCCCCUUCUGGCAGCACAGUCACUCUGCUUGCACCCUCUGCUCUAUUAAAGUCCCUUCUUCUAUUACAGAUCUGAAAACAGGCACGACAGGAAUUAGAGUAUAUGUUGCAGCAGCAGGUAUGGCCAUUUUCUGCUAUCUGUUCUCUAUGCCGAAGGUAUGAAUGUUGAAAAACAUUCUGCUGUCCUGUGUUCUUACGUUGUCCAUCACACAAGUUCUCGUUAAUAUGCAGUAAAACACAUAAAAUGUCUCUGAAAUCUUUUGUAGUGACCUCGUAGAGCUAUACAAGUCAGAAAUGGAAACAUCAUUGUUAGUCAGCUCUCUCUGAUGUUUUUUAGCAAGCAAACAUGUUGACAAAUAGCAACUGUUUAUUUUGGGGGGAAAAGGGUGUUUUAGUUAUGUAUGCUGUGCCCUGAAAUGUAUUUCAUGUAGGCGCGAGCCAUGUAGGUGUGUGUAGGUGCUGAUUUUGAUUGAGGUUAUUUAGUAAGGUGGCAUUGUUUCUGAUAAGAAAUACUUUGUCCUUCCAAACAAGGCAUUGAAGCUCUUCAUUCUGGGAAACUAAGAAAUCAAAUGCCUUUUACAAUAUUUACUUCUCGUGCAUGUUAGAAAAGGAAUUCCUGCUAAUUACAUAUUUGUGCACACACACUACUGCGGAAUGAAGGUCUUAUUUAUGGAAGCAUGUCAUCAGAUGAGUUUGUUAGGUUUUCAGCAAAGCUUUGAGUCUUGUGAAGGGGAGGCACGCCAAGCUGAGCAGCUCCUGGCUGGGCUAGAGGAAGAUUAGGUGGAUCUUAACAAUUCUGCUGUGAUUUUACAGAAAACCGCAUUGUCUGGAAGGAAGGAUGAUUCAGUUCACCACCAGUAAGUGUAGAUUAUAAAGCAAAUUUCAUCUUUAUUUGAAGUUACUUGUCAAAACCUAUUGACCAAAGGUAUUUGUCUUUGCUAGUAUUAUAAAUGAUUCACUGUCAUACAUCGCACAAGAAAAAUCCUGUGUGUUAGAAAGCAGAUGUUUAAUUUCUUUCUUCUUCCCAGCGGAGCCACAUUUCUUGCCACUGCACCUUUCCUCUAAUAGAAGUUUGUCUGCAGUAGUUUGCCUAGUCAGUCCUUUCAUUCCUUUAAAUGAGAAUGAGGAGCUGUUAGGAGUUCAGGGUUGAGAUAACAGUACUCUGUACAGGGAGCCUGAGGCCACAAUGAAACCUUUGUUGUACGUGAUGCUGGGAGCCCAUAGGAACAGCACCAUGGCUACGUUCCACAUCCAAAUAAGAAAGUCACCAGAAUGGAAGGCAUUGCAGGAUGGAAUGGGGAACCUGAGAAUCACAGAUAAGGGUCUGAAGUUGGAAGGAGAUUCAGAAUUCUUGAAACCUCUCUACGCCAAAGAAAUCCGGUCAAGACCAGGCAACCCACUAUACUUCCAGUCUGCCAGAAACGUUACAGUGAACAUCCUCAAUGAGAAGACAAAAGUCCUCACUCGCCUUGUAACAGGUCCCCAAGCAGUGGAAGCACACAGCCAAAAAUUUGAGGUGAAAACCCUCUCUGGAAAAUUGCUGUUUUCUGCGGAUGACAACGAAGUGGUAGUCGGAGCAGAGAGAUUGAGAGUUUUAGGAGCAGAAGGCACAGUGUUCCCUAAAUCUAUAGAAACUCCCAAUGUCAGGGCAGACCCCUUCAAGGAACUAAGACUGGAGUCACCCACACGCGCACUGGUGAUGGAGGCUCCAAAGGGCAUUGAGAUCAACGCUGAGGCCGGCAGCUUGAAAGCCACGUGCAGGACAGAGCUCAGGCUGGAAUCCAAAGAUGGAGAGAUAACAUUGAAUUCUGCAAAAAUCAAACUACCUAACUUGCCUCAAGGAUCUUCCUCUUCUGCAGGGUCCAGGCAAAAAAUCUACGAGCUCUGUGUGUGCCCCAAUGGGAGGUUAUUUCUGUCUCAGGCAGGCACUAGCUCCACCUGCCAGAUAAAUACAAGCGUCUGCCUUUGAGAGACAAUUUGCAGUGGGGCAUCGCAGGCAGCACAAAAGCCAAUUCUGGUCUCCUAGGUUGCAGCUGCCAACUAUUUUUACUAGAACACAGAAAGCCUAUCAAAGACUUUUUUUGUGUGCGCGCGC